AUGGGGAUCGAGUUGCUAUCAAGCAAAUACGAACUCACGCGCUCACCGAUAUCGCGCCAGCAUCAUGCUCGGCACCGCCAUGCUCGGCCAAGCCACCCCCAUCGAGAGCAACAACGCACGUCCUCCAGCCCAACCACUUCACAAAAACCCGCACUAACCCUCCCCCAGCACCCCUCCCUCAGCAAGCGCUGCUGCAUCCUGUGUGAUGUCAACCGCUGCGGCAGCAACGACAAGCGUGAGGCCGUGCCGACGCUCGAAGACGCGCUCGCCGGAGCCGACCACCCGCACUUCCAGAAGCGCUGCUGCAUCACCUGCGACAACCCCUACGCUAGGUGCGGCGCGAGCGCGGCAGAGAAGCGCGCCGUCUUCGGCACGCUGGACGACGCGUUUUCGGGCGUCGAGCAGCCACAGCUCAGCAAGCGCUGCACGGUCAACAGCAUGAACCCUCGGCUCCGGUGCGGCGCCAAUGACAAGCGUGAGGCUGUACGUACGGUGGAGGACAUUUUCAUCGAGGACUCCAUGCUCAGCAAGCGCUGCACGGUCAACAGCAUGAACCCGAGGCUCCGGUGCGGCACCAAAGAAAACCAUGAGGCGGAGCGUACUGCUGGGGACGUUCCCGCCGCCGACGACGCCGCCAAGCUUGCUAAGCGCUGCUGCGUCAACUGCGAUGUCAACCGCUGCGGCGCAAACGAUAAGCGUGAGGCGGUGGCUACCGCUGAGGAUCUUUUUGUUGACUAA